AUGGAUAUCACAAAAAAGAGAGAAGAUAUGGAAGAGAUUAAUCAUUUUAGUCAUAAAAGGCAUCCGUUAAAGUUGGUCAACGUGGAGACGAUUCUAGGUGCUAAUUUCGAUAGCCAUGGUGGUGGUGGUGGUGGUGAAGAGAAAGAGAAACUAGGUGUAAUUGAAGUUGAUGCUAUCAAGGAGCAGGGAAGGAUCAAGAUUAAACAUGAAGGCUACCCACAACACACUUUAAGCCUCAAAUUAAGACCUAAUGCGGUGUUGUGUGAUGCAUGCAAAGCUAAGGAUGAAGGCUUAUUCUAUGAGUGUGAUAGUUGUGAUUUCUGGAUCCACAAGACUUGUGCUUCCUUAUCCACUACCAUCCAUCUACCCAAUCACCAUAAUCACCCACUUACUCUGGUCUAUUCGUUUCCUAAAAAAUUCCUUAAAUUUGCAUAUUACUGUGAAUUUUGCGGCAUAUACAUCCGAUGGAAUGACUGGUUGUAUCAUUGUGCAAACUGUAGAUAUUUUGCCCAUAUCAAGUGUGCCUUAACUGCAGAACAACCUUCUAUUCAAAGAGAUGGUCCGAGUACUUCUACAGUUGUUGAGGAUGAAAAUGGUUUGCUACAUUUUCCCAUGUCAGAUGAAUUUACAGAUCUGUUGAAACUACAACAUCAUGAAAAAAUGACUCAAGAUGAUGAUGAUGAAAAAACUGUGAUUGAGCAUCGGCAUUGGAGUCAUGAACAUCCAUUAAUCCUUCAUGUUCAACCUCAACCUAAACCUAACAGCAUGUCUGAUUGCAGUGAUCCAAUUCAGGUAUGUCAGGGGUGUGUACGUCCCCUCUCCCUACCAUACUAUACUUGCAAACAUGGAUGUUCAUUCACUCUCCACAAAUAUUGCAUCGAGAUACCACUCAAAUUACAACAUCCACUUCACCCAGAUCAUUCGCUUGCCUUGAUAAACACAAGGGGACAUGAUAAUUACUAUAGAUGCAAUGGUUGUGAGAGCUUUUGCAACACAUUUGUGUACAAAUGUGAAACUUGUGAGUUCAACCUCGAUGUCAACUGUGCAUUUCUACCCAAAACCAUCAAACAUAAAUCCCAUAAUCAUCCUCUUAUCCAAGUUAUCGAUCCUGAUCUUAUUUGUAAGGCAUGCACCAAAUGGUUUAAGGGUAUAAUCUAUGCUUGUAAGGCUUGUAGCUUCACAUUGGACCUGUAUUGUGCAAUGAGGUCGCCACAUUCCCUUGUUCAUAGGUAUUGCAAAGGACAUGAAAUCCCAUUGACGUAUCCUCCGGUCAUGGAUCAUCCGGAAGAUUUCUUUUGUGAUAUAUGUGAGGAAGAAAUGCACCCCAAGUUCCCCCUCUAUUAUUGUCACAAAUACAAAAAUUCUUUUCAUCUUCAUUGCAUUAAUCGAUUAAAGCGUUAUGCAAACGUUUUCCAUGAGGGCACUUUGAAUGUUCCCUAUCAUAGACAUCCAUUAACUUAUGUCCGAAGAAAGAAAACGCCCAAGUAUGUGUGUUCUAAUUGUAAUCAAGAUAUUAAUGGUUGUUUGAUCCUAGAAUGUCAGAGUAGAGUCUGUACUUUCAAUAUAUGUUUUGAAUGUGAUUAUAAUAAGGUAAUGGGUCCUUAA